AAGAGAUCACACUUUUAGUCGACGAUAUAAUUAUAGGUAUAUAAUUUUUAUGAAAGUUAAAUGGCAAAAAGCGACGGAGCUAUGAAAAAUUGGAGAAAGUCUGUGCUAUGGACAUUCCUACUGAUUAUACAGUUACAUUUGUCUCUUGGAUAUGAUACAUUUUGUGGUGGCGAAAUGGAAGGAUCUUACGGAAAAGUUAAAAUUCGAAAUGGGGAACAAAAACCAAUUUAUUUUUUCACGAAGAGAGAAAAUUUGUCGAAAAAUUGCGUCUUUUAUCAGACAUUAGAUGAAGGAUUACAUUCGCCUGCUUUCUUGCGUAUCAUUCUUCCGAAAUUAUCGCUCGAAGACGACGCGAUACAGAUUCGUGCACGAAAACAACGACGAGGUUCAAAAUGGGAAACUUUAAACACAUUUUCGAAUAUUCAAACUUAUUCUAAAAUGAACGUAUCAAUCGAUGCAAUCAAGUAUCCAUUUGUAAAAUUAUUGAUCCCCAGAAAUUUAACCCUGAUUGAGCCAAUUGAAUAUAGAAGAGUCUAUCCGAUAAAUCUAUACAAUGGAUCAUUGGUACGUCAUCCAUUGCUGCGUUACUGUGGUCUUCACAGAGGUUUUGUUGACGUAAUCCAUUGCAAUUUGACUGCGGAAAAAAUCGCCUGCACUUUCAGAUGUAAAAAAUCCCAUUUCCCGUUAUUCAUAGAUAGUGAUUUAUAUCCCAAAUUUAUCGGAAUCUGCAGGAAGAAUGGCACAGUUAACUGGCCGACGCGUUCGAAACCUGUCUGCGUCUUCGAGGGGGAAAUCGAACGAGGAUGUUUUCCAAAAAGUGAAGAAUUGUAUGAUUGCAAUUACCGCGACGAAGCAAUCUUAAGGUGGUAUGGAGAACAUAACAUAAAUUCUACAUUUUCUGGACAAAGUUCACUUUACCAGCGUCGCAGCAUCGAAUGCAUCCAACCGGAUGAAAUGAAAAUUGCUGUGGAGAAACCAUCUGCAUCAACCUGUUCCGACGAAUGCAUAGCAAAAAAGGUGAAUGGGAUAUGGAAAUUUCUACCAGUUUGUGGGGAAAGACCAUCAGUGAGACAUUGCAUGGGUUGCCGACAUCCGAAAAAAUAUUCUGUUUGCUUCUCGAUGACGGGAUUUGGUGGAUGAAGAGAGGAAUCGAUAAUGACAAAGAAAGCAUUGUAGAAAUGAAGCAUAUCAACUGUCUCAUAUUUAUUAUAUUCGUAUCCAAUCAUGUACUAUACCCUAUCUUGUAGCCAUUAUCUGUUGUAGUUUUUUUUUAUAUCAGUAUUUGAAGGAAGGAAGCAUGAGGUUGUAGGCGGCGAAGAGUUAGAAAAAUGAUAUAUAUGUUUUCAUUUGGUAGCAUUUUAAAUUUAUUGAUAUAGAUAACAUCGCAGAUAGAUAAUAUAUAUAUCAUAUUCGUAUCAAAUUCUAUAGAUCGCUUAUUUCUGUUAUCGAUGUAUCAUCUCUGCUCUACAGAACCCC